AUGACAAACAUGACAGUCUCGGCCUUUGUUUACUGGAUCCUCGGUCUACAAUUGAUUUUAAUCCUUUCGAUCGUGCACACGGGAGAUCGUCAAAUCAGUGGCCAUGGAAUUAUCGAAAAGUUGACACCGAUCGUGUACCAAAAAUCAUCUCAGAAGCCGUUUCAUCCGACUUGGAUGGCCAAUCAGUUAAUUAGGAAUAAACGAAACGGGCAAAUCGAAGAUGAGACGAUUCUCAGGAGACACGCGAGACAUCGGAAGCGACACCGUUGCAAAAACCGAUCGACGUGUUUUCGAAAUACGUAUGUAACUAGACUGUCCCUUCUGAGGGACGACACGAUGCCAGUGGAUGAAACUUCUAAAGAAACGAAGGAUGAUCACGACGAGAACGCCGUUCUGGAGACAACGGAAGAACCGCGCGAUCGAUUAGGGGAGUCGCACAUUGAAACCGACGGAGAGAAUUACAUGGCCGAUACGUACGCGGAGAACGGUAAAAGCGAUUCGAAAAACAGCUCCGAAAAUGGCGAGCUAUCGGAUUCGUACGAUGAGAGAUUCAUUCCCAGCGAAAUCGAAUGCGAUAGUACAGACCGAUCUGCUCAGAAGAAAACUCGAUCGAAGAAGGACGAAAUUAUCGAGAACACGGAUUACAUAGACGAAGUACGCUCUUUGGCUGUUUACUCGGCUAUGGAUGAUCAGGUUAUAUUGCACGAAAGCUUAAGCGUUCUUCUGAGCAAAUUGUUCCAAAGUCUACGAAAUGCUUCCACAUCGAACGAGCAAGACAUUCUGAAGCAGCUGAACUUCGUGAACGGUACAAACGAAGAUCCUUGCCAGAAGUGGUUAGACAGCAAGGAUAAGCUUGAGCAAGUUUUCUCAGGUAGUCUAGCGUCGUUACCCGCUUGUCCAUGCCACUAUCCAAGCAAUAUUUUUUACGACGAUAAAAUUUGGGACGUAAAGCGGAUGAGGUAUUUCAGAUGGAGGGACGUGAGCGGCGACUCUCAAAGGCUCGACGUGUAUAAACCGGGAGCCACUUACUGCGUUCUUUCGUUGUUAACGCAGGGUAGCGGAAGCGCCGCUGCUCAACACUGCUGCUACGAUCGCAGAAGGAAGCUCUUGACCCGUGGUUCCGGUGCUGGCACUCCAAACUUUGUCAGUCCUGAGAUAUCACCUGUACUGCACGAGAGAAUCGACGUGUUGCCAUGGAGGCUCUGCAAGGGUGACUUUUCCAGGUACAAUGGAGUAAGACCGCCAAACAAUGACAACGCCUGUGAGUCCAACCCCGAUGAUGAGGAAUACCAACGACAAAUCGACGAUACCAAGUAUUAUUAA